AUGAACGUGCUCGUAUAUCCUCCUAUUCCGUCCUCUGACCAGUCAACAUCAUCUUCUGCAACACCGACACAUCCUGUCUUGCCUACCCUCAGAAAGAUCCUCACGCCAUUCUACACCACUCAAACGAUCACCGGAUCUUCGCUCGCCACACACCCAUGGCCUACUUCCUGCGCCCUUCUCGUCCUUGCACCCCCAAGCUCGGGACUAUUACUUUCAAAGAAUGCUACUACGGCUAUCCAGAAUUAUGUGCAAGGUGGAGGCAAAAUGCUCGCCCUGGGGAUGGAGCUCAGUGCCAGCCCCGAUGGACAGGAUGGUUUGAGGUUCUGGGACGACUCGAAGAAGUCAUACCUUUAUGUCUCCUCUCCGACGCUUACAAGGACAGAGUCAUCCGGCCUAAAUAACAUCCGAUUUGCACAUACAGGGGAAUGCGUUACGGACGUACCCAGUGCUGGCGUCGCGUUCAUAGACCCGCUGCCGCCAUCCUGUUCGCCUCUGGCAUCCUGGGACGUACAAGACCAGAGUUCAGCUGCAGCUAUCGAGUUCAAUGUAGGAAGCUCACAAGGCCGGAUCGCCCUAUACGACAUAUUAUCCACAGCGAGCACAUCUCUAAAUCUCGAAGGCCUCUUGUCACAGGCUUUAUCGUCUAUCGGGCUCACUUUACCUUCGUCAAAUGCAACACCAUCCGGCAGUCAGCCACCCGUACCGACCCACCCUCUACCCCAAAUCCUUCUUUCAACACCCUCUAAACCUUGGAUAAUCACUCGCAUCCUUUCCUCGCUGAAUGCCAAAGCUCUUCCGUGGUCAAUCAUAGACAUUGCCGAUACCUUUUUGUUUGAGGCUUUCGAUCCUGCCGUCCUCGCCGAAGCACGAAUAUCUGCGCCACAUCCUGACACAGCACCCUCAAAGGACGCAAAAUCUUCGGCUCCGCAAGAGAAGAAGGUCCUGGUCGUGCAGGGGGAGAACAAUAACUUGAGGGAAUCAAUGCCCAUGUUUGAUCCAGAAAGGUUCUAUGAGGCGUUGGACGGUGCGAGAAAAGAGCAAGGGUUACCGGAAUAUAAAGAUGACAGUGAAGGGUGGGGUAUGGGUGAAGCGAUGUUCUACGGUGAAGCGGUGACCAGCACCCAAACUAUGCUCGACAGAAACCCCGGCAUACUCAACACCCUGCCAAUUCCCUUCGUCUCUCUCGCUACACAUCAACUCGCCGGCCGAGGCCGCGGUUCCAAUACUUGGCUGUCGCCCACGGGCUGUCUUCAAUUCUCUCUGCUCAUCAGAGUGCCGACAUCUCGCUUCCCCGCAGCUCGUCUCGUCUUCAUUCAAUAUCUGUUUGGACUUGCGGUCGUGAAGGCAUGCAGAGACGACAAUGUCCUAGGUUCGGAGAAAGGGAAGAGUGUGAAGUUGAAGUGGCCGAACGACAUUUAUAUCGAUGUGGAUGGAGAUAGCAAAGUCGGGAAGGCAAGCGAGGACGGAAGGAAGAAAGUCGGUGGAGUGUUGGUAAAUACCAGCUUCGGAGGAGGGAAUGUCGACAUUGUCAUCGGAUGCGGCGUCAAUGUGUUCACGCCCGCUCCGAUCUCCUCCCUUUCUCUUCUCACGGGCUCACAAGAGUCACUGAAGUCCGAAGUCGUCUUUGCACUUAUUCUGUCCAAAUUCGAACGCAUGUGGGAAAAGUUUGUGGAGAGCAAAGGCAGUUGGGCACCUUUCGAGGACGACUAUCUCGAUGCAUGGAUGCACUCGGAUCAGCUCGUCACACUCACCACACAAACACCACAUCGGCCCGUCAGGAUUGUCGGCAUCACCCCAGAUCAUGGGUUGCUCCGAACUAUGCCUGAACGAUCCAUAUCAGGCGCCUUAGGGGGUGCAUAUGGAGGGAGCGAGGAAGGGUAUAUCGACUUGCAGCCAGACGGAAAUAGUUUCGAUAUCAUGGCUGGGUUAAUCAAAACGAAGAAGUGAGAGCGCAGUGCGGUCGGGGGACCUGUAGGAUAUAUAUUAAGAGGUCUCAGGGAACUAAAAGCUGAAUAGGUUUGCGAUUUAUAUGUACUAGCCAACUUUGCGCACGGCGCUGAAGA